UGAAUGGGAGGAAAUGGCACAAAAAAAGUUGUCCAAAGAUGACUGUACAAAAACACUGCUGCAACACAAGAUGUAUGAAAUGGCCUUGCGUGAGACUUACAAGUUUGUCCCCGUCCUCCUCAUUUAUGAUAUUGACUGCGCUCGCCAUGCUUUUUCUCAAAAUGUGACAGCAGCAAUGAAAGUGACCUCGAGUGGGCCACAAACUUUGCAGAUGGCUCAAGGGGAACCGGUUACACUAGACUGCACCUACACGUCAAGUCAAGCAGACAUAGGCGAGCUUGACAUUGAGUGGUCAGUUGUCAGCCCAGACACCACAAAAAAAGACCAGAUGAUCAUAUCAUACACAGGUGGAAGGAGAUAUACCCAUGGUGACCGUGAUUUAAUGAAAGGUGUGGACUUCACAGCUACAGACCCUUCCCAGGGAGACGCAUCUCUAUCGAUCGCCUCACUGACUGCCACUCACGAUGGAACGUAUCAGUGCAAAGUCAAAAAGGCACCUGGGGUGGACAGCCGGAAAAUAUCACUGAUUGUGAUGGGUAAUGUCACUUAUAUCUACCGAAUCUCCAGCUUUCGUUCAGGUGUGGCCUACAGCCAGGUGGGCCAAACCCAAAAUGAGCAUCCGCCCUCCACUAACACCAGCUACAGCACUGCAAAGUAUGACAGCAGGUUUGGCUAUGCUGUAUGA